AUGACAAAUCAAAAACACAACUUUUUAUUGAACGUCGACAAACCAGAAGAUGACAUAGUGGAUUUUAUGAGCUCCAAGGGCUACUUACCAAACGAUAAGUUUUUACCACAAAUAUCAAUAAUGAAGAACACGAAAAAUGAUAUUUCAUAUAUUUUAUCUAAAUUAACUGAUGAAGAAUUAAUAAGGUUGUUAAAUAUUAAUCCAAAGAAGAAUGUUUACGAUUUAAAAGAUAUUGUUAAUAUAGCGGUGGGAGGUAAAACAAUACAAAAUGAAAAAUUAUCCUCUUUGGCACAAAUAAAACAAGGAUACAUUGAUGAUACAGUGACAAACGUUAAUAAUAAAAACUAUCCACUAGAAUAUAUAAGCGAUACUCAAACAGCUUACCAUAAAUUGAACCAUAAAGAAAUAGUACCUCAAAAACAAAAGAACAGCGCAAGUUUUUUGGCUUUAAAAAAACUCAAUAGCCUUAUAUAUAAUCGAUCUCAACAAGAACCUGAAGAAGAAAAACUAAGCGACGAGAAGAAGGAAUUAUUAUUUGAUAUCCUCGUUGCUCAAUUGAAAACAUUAUGUUGUAAAAGCACUUCUAAAAAACGAAUUCCUCAAUUUAACGAUGUUCAUAAUGAUAUUAUUGCCGAAAAAAUGCUGACCCAAUCUCAAAAUAAACUACAACCACAAAUAAAAGACAAAAAAAGUAAUGAAUAUAUAUUUCUAAUUUUAAAUGACGAAAUAAAAAAUAUGGAUGAUGAUGAUUUAGUACUUGUGGAUCCUGAUACCUUAGAAAAAAAUAGCAGUGUUUUGAUUCUAGGGCCAGUUACUUCUCCAUUGACAGAUAAUCAAUUGAAAAUAGUAAUGAAUCGUAUUUCCCAUGAAUUAUCAAAACCUGAGUAUACUUCAUUAAUACAACAACUUUCUGAUGGAACAAUGAGUGAUGGUAAUUUAAGUGUUAUGAAAAACUUCAUUUCUGGACCUGAAACACGAAGGUAUAUAAAAGCUCACAGAUGCAAUCAUCAGUCAAAACUGGCAAAAAUUUAUGGAGGGCCAAAAUGGCUAAUUUGUACUGGUUACUUAAAUAUAAACACGCCUAGCCUAUAUGAUUAA